AGUACAAUACAUUUGUCCCAGCAACUUCUCAAACCUGUCCUAUGGAGCUAUGCUCUUCUUCACCACAUUCCAAACACAAACUCAAACCCACUUCUUCAACUUUCAGAUCAAUGUAGUACAGAUCUUCUUUAUCCAUAACCAUAACCAGAAGAAUAACUAGUAGUAAUUGAAGAAGAAGAUGAAGAUGAAGAUGAAGAUGGUCCAAGCUCUGUCAUUUUCUGAAAAAUAAAGUCUCAGUCUUUUCAUGGUUCUAUUAACUUGGGUUAAGAGUUUUACUCCAAACCCCAAAGAAGUCUUUUUUCUUUUAAAUUUUCAAAAUUUGCGUUAAAAUGUGCACUUAAAGAGAGUGACUUUAGAAACCCAGCUUUUAGCUUGAACAGAAGCACAAACGCCAACAUGGGAAACCCUCUUCUGCCAUUAAUGAAAGCUUCAUCAUCAUCAUCAUCAUCAACCACUGGCUAAAGGGUCACUUCUUUUUCCCAACCAAAGAAGAAGAAAAAAGAAAAAGUUUGGUUCUUUUCUCCUUUUCAAAAGCAUUUUCUUCUGUUUCUUCUUCUUCUUCUUCAGCUUGAUCAACUGUGAGUGAGAAAAUCUAAAGAUGGGUUGCUGUUACUCACGAGUUGAGAGAGAAGAAACUGUGUCGAGAUGUAAAUCUCGCAAGAGGUACAUGAAACAGCUCGUCCAAGCUCGUCAAGCCAUGUCCGCAGCUCACACCAUGUACCUUCGCUCACUCCGAAGCACCGGCUCAGCUUUGCUUCAGUUCGCCAAUGCCGAAGCUAAUCUCCAUCUCCACCACCACCACCGGGCUCACCACCAUCUUCCGCCACUCCACCCUUCUCCGCCGCCGCAAACCCCACCUCGGCCCCCACCUCCACCAGUCCCAAUGAGCCCGAGUUCAGACACAUGGACGUCAAUCACAGCCUCCCCAGCUCUUCCGCCGCCGCCACCGCCGCCUCCUCCUUCUUCCACAUGGGAUUUCUGGGACCCUUUUGUGCCUUCUUCGUCAAGGUCGGUGACCGAGGAGGAAUGGGAAGAGGGCACCACUACAGUCUCCGAACCAGUGGCCGUCACCGUCACUGGAGCAGCUAGUACUGCCGCACCACCUUCGGUGGUCAGCGGAUUUUCCAAAGACAGUUCGAGUGAGCUCGCCAUGGUGGUGUCAAGGAACACUAAAGAUCUAGUUGAGAUUAUUAAAGAGCUUGAUGAGUAUUUACUCAAAGCUGCCGAUGCUGGUGCUCAGCUUUCAUUACUGUUAGAAGUUCCAAGCUCUGGUUUUUCUACUCAGAGUAGCAAUGGAGGUAAGGUUUAUAACUAUGGUUGGAGCUUGAGUCCAUCUUCAUGGUCAUGGGGUUCGAGUCCCAAGCUAAACGGUUUUGGGAAGAUGGGUAAUGAAGUGGUCCAAAGUAGUAUAUUCAAUCGUAGUGGAAGUGUUAAUAAUAAUAAUAACAUCAAUGGUAGUCAUUGUUCUACCGUUGAGAGGCUUUAUGCUUGGGAAAAGAAACUAUUUGAAGAGGUCAAGGGUGUGGAGACCAUAAAGAUAGAACAUGGAAAAAAGAUGUCAACGUUGAAGAAGCUAGAGUUGAAGAGAGCCGAUUAUAUGAAGACUGAGAAGACCAAGAAAGAAGUGGAGAAGUUGGAGUCAGAAAUGAUGGUUGCUUCUCAAGCCAUUGAGUCAACAUCUACUGAAAUCAUCAAAUUGAGAGAGACAGAAUUACAUCCACAGCUUAUUGACCUAGUCAAAGGAUUAAUGUGCAUGUGGAGGAGCAUGUAUGAGUGCCACCAGGUUCAGAAGCAUAUCGUUCAACAGCUCAAAUACCUCAACGCCAUCCCUUCUGCCGAACCGACUUCUGAGAUUCACAGGCAAUCAACUCUUCAGCUUGAGCUUGAAGUACAGCAAUGGCAUAUGUCCUUUUGCAACAUGGUUAAAGCCCAACAAGAUUAUAUCCAGUCCCUCACAGGCUGGCUCCGGCUUAGCCUUUUCCAAUUUAAUAAAAAUCCACUGUCGAGAACUGGUCAAGAAUCGAAAAUCUACUCUCUUUGUGAUGAAUGGCACCUUGCAGUUGAUCGCAUUCCUGACAAAGUAGCGUCAGAAGGAAUCAAGAGCUUCUUGACGGUAAUCCAUGCCAUUGUUGUUCAACAAGCGGAGGAGCAUAAACAAAAGAAGAAAUCAGAAGCUGUGUUUAAAGAACUCGAGAAGAAGGUGGUGAACCUUAGAUCACUGGAAUGCAAGUAUGGCCCGUACUCCAUGCCUGAAUCCUCUGGUGUUUCUAGAAGGAACCCAGUUGCAGAGAAGCGAUUAAAGGUGGAAAUGUUGCGAGCUAAGGCAGAGGAGGAGAAGACGAAGCAUGAAAAGUCAGUGAGCGUGACAAGGGCGAUGACCCUAAAUAACUUGCAGAUGGGAUUACCUCAUGUCUUUGAGGGAAUGGUGGGGUUUUCAAGCGUAUGUAUGCACGCGUUCGAGUCAGUAUACAACCACACCAAGAGUUCUGGUCAGGAGGUUGAUGUUAAAAGGUUACUACAGUAAGAAUUGUUUUUUAAAUUUUAGGAAGAAUGGUCAAAUUCUUGUACAUAGAUUGUUCCUCGUUUUUGGUAGGCAGAGCAGAGCAGACUCAUGGAGAUAAAUAUCAACACAAAGUUGCAACAUUUCUCUCUUCUAGCUGAGAAUCAGGUUGACCUGAUUUUGUUCAUAGCGGUUAUCUGUUGACGAUUUGGAAUGCACUAGAGCUACGAGUUUCGAAUUACUUUAUACUUUGGUCGCAGAACAUUUGAUAUUGUAGUGCUUUGUUAUCUAAUUUUCGUUUACCCCCUUGUUUUUUUUUCCUCAAAUGAUAAGUUAAACUUGGUUUUAA